AAAAGAAACAAAUUUUUGUUUUUAAACAAAUUUGUUUUUGCUAUUAGCAAAUGGCGGCUGCAUAAGCUAUUGCAACGAACACAAGGCAAUAGACUAGGCCAUGGCAGCAUGCGUGCUCUGUUUUGGGUGCUGCAAGAAUGGCGAAUCGUAUAAGAUAUUUUCCGAGGCUGGUUCGCGGCUCAACAUUUGCAAAACAAUAAACAAACACUUUUGGCUGGAGCUGAGCAGCGCAGGCGGCGAGCAGGAGGAGAUUUGCCGCCAGUGCUGGGAGUGCGUCAGCAGCUUCAAUGAGUUCUAUCAACGUGUGUACAAUGCCCACCAGGAACGACGCUGCGAUGUCAAAAAUGUGCCCAUCGAAUUCUGCGACGAAUCGGAGGCAGCCAAUCCUCUCGCCUUUGGGGGAGAACUGGAUGCCCUGGCCGAGGACUUCUUUGCAACUGGCGAUGUCAAGGUAGAGGUGAACGAAUUGGAGCCGCUGCCCAAGCUUGAAAUGCUCGAGGAGCCGGUGCUGGCAGAGAAGAGCAGUGCAACAAAACGGACCUGUGCUGAAUAUCCAGCCAGUGCUAAGCGGCGCAUUAAAAACGAGCAGCCGAUGCUCGCCAGUGACUCGGAUGGCGACAUACCGUUGGCUGAGUUCCUGGACCUAAAAACGCCUGCAAAGCAAGCAGCAGCGAGCGAUAAACCAAUUACAGCCAAGGGAAGACAGCUGCGCCGGAGCUCUCGACGUGGACGCCGUUCAAAAACGCCGCCAGAAUCACCGCCAACCUGCAUGAAGAAGGAAUUCGAAUCGGAAGAAGAGCAUGAUAAUGAUGACAGGGAGUUUGUCGCAGCCGAGGCAUUGCUGGGCACUGAGGACAGUGCCAGUUCCAGCGAGAGCAGCGACAGUGACUCCGGCAAUAGUUUGCCCGACAUUGAGCCAGAAGAACGUUAUGCGGAAAUACCCAAACGCAUUGUAGUCAAGCCCAAAAAGUAUCGCAAGCGUCCCAAGCCGUUGGUGCCGCCUGUGCGCAUGAGCCGAGAGGAGAUCGAGAAGCGUAAAGCACAGCAAAACGAAUUCGAUGAGAUUAUAUUUGACUUUUUCAAGAAGCUGCCAUGUCAUAUGUGCAAUCUGCUGGUGCCCAACUUCGGCGACAUGCGUCGCCAUCAGCGCAUGUCCCACAACAUUGAGAGCGGCUUCAUAGCCUGCUGUGGUCGCAAGUUUCACAUACGCCGGGCUCUGGCUGAGCAUGUGCUGGUGCACAAGAAUCCAGAGCAUUUUAUGUGCACACAAUGCGGCCGAGUCUUUCAGGACUCGAAAUCGCUGGAGACGCACGAGCAAACGCACACGAAUCCUCAAGCGGAUGCGAAGGAUAAGCGUAUGUACCAGUGCGACAAGUGUCCCAAAUGCUUCACCACAAAGGCUGCUGUCGAGUAUCACAAUGUGUCCAAGCAUGUGCCCAAAUCGGAUUUCAAAUACACCUGCCCCGAGUGCAAUAAGAAGGUGCCCACAGAGCGCAAGCUGAAGGAACAUCUACGCUAUAUGCACGAUCCAGAGACUGCCAUCAUCUGCGAUAAGUGCGGCAAAACCUUACGCUCUCAGGCCAAUCUAAAGAAACACCAUGAACUGGAGCAUUCCGAUAAGCCACGUCCCAAGCCCGACCCGGUGCAGUGCGAGAUAUGCGGCACUUGGCUGCGCCAUUUGUCCGGUCUCAAGCAGCACAUGAGCACAGUGCACGAACCGCCGGGCGGCGAGCAUCGCUGUCACAUCUGCGAUAAAAAGUCGACCAACUCGCGCGCACUCAAACGCCAUAUCUAUCACAAUCAUCAGUGCGAAAGAAAGUUCCGCUGCACCAUGUGUGAGAAGGCCUUCAAGCGGCCACAGGAUUUGAGAGAACACACUUCCACGCACACGGGCGAGGUGUUGUACACCUGUCCCAAUUGCCCACAGACGUUCUUUUCAAAUGCCAACAUGUACAAGCAUCGGCAACGUUUGCAUCGCGCCGAAUGGGAGGCGGAUCGCAAGAAGCCGCUGCCGCCCAACAUAAUGCAGCAAGCGGUGGGCGCAACAACGGCCAUGAAGAAGCGUCAGACCAGCAGCGCCGGCCCAGCGCUAUUCACGCAAACCGCUGAGCCCACCGCGGACGCCCCAAAGCAGGAAUCACAACUGCAAUAGUAUUUAAUAAGUAUUUAUGACAUAGAAAUAGAUAAAAGAAGGAACUCAUAAAUAUACUUCAUACAAGUACAUCCAUA